GCAAAGAGCUGAGGAUAGUCACGUGCACACUCUUGAUGCUGGAGCUCACAUUAACUGAAAAACUUCAACAAGAUAUUGUUCCUGCACAGCAAGGACUCUGCAUUCUACCUCAGUGUUCAGUGAACGAGCUACUAAUACCUCAAGAGGUAUUAGUGCACUUCUAAUAAUCCAAACUUCUUCAGGCUUCAAAAGCCGUUGGACUUUAAACUGAUUAAGAAUGUUGACACACUGCAGCAAGACGUCAUUUUUCUUUUUUUUGAUUUUGUGGCUAUUUUAAGGACCUCUUUCUGGAACACUUUGCCAGGAUUUUAUUUAAAUUGAAGGUAUUGUGUUACUUUUAAGGUGCUACACUUUGUGAGCCCCCAUUCUUAUUUUAUUUUGUAGAUCUUUAUGUAACGCGAGAAGAUUAAAUUCAGCAAGGGCUAGAACAUUAUUUUUUGCACAUCCAAGUGUUCUAAAGGAACAUACCAACAACAGGAUCUAGCACCGUUAACAUCAAGUCAUCUUGCGGAGUUGUGCUUGUACAAAACUAUGGCUUUUGGGGAUCUCCUAGAGCAGGUGGGGAGCACAGGACGCUUCCAGAUCCUGCAUGUGACGCUUCUCUGCAUGCCUGUCCUGUUGAUGGCCAGUCACAACCUGCUACAGAACUUUGUGGCUGCGGUGCCUCCUCACUACUGCAACGCACACACAAACCUGUCUCAGUCCCAGCUGAGCCCAGAGGAAACGCUGCUGAUCACAGUGCCGCAAGACCAGAUAGGGAAGCCCCAGAGGUGCCAGCGUUACGUUACUCCACAGUGGCAUCUCCUGAACGGGAGCUCCGGCUCAGGGGAGGACGGAGACACUAAGGAAGGUUUGGAUGUUGAUCUGCAGGGAUGCACAGACGGAUGGUCCUAUAACAUGACUGAUAUGAGCUCAACGAUCAUAUCUGAUUGGCAUUUGGUGUGUGAUCUGCGCUCUUUAAAGCAAAUGGGACAAACAGUCUACAUGGGAGGUGUGCUUGUGGGAGCUGUUGUCUUUGGAGGUCUUUCAGACAGAUAUGGUCGACGCAUCCUCCUGCUCAUUUCUAACCUGCUCAUGGCAGUGUCGGGAACAUGUGUUGCUUUUUCAAACUCCUUCACCCUCUACUGUGUGUUCCGCUUUGGCUGUGGCAUGGCUCUGUCCGGCCUGGGACUCAACACCUUCUCGCUCAUUGUGGAGUGGAUCCCCACUCGUGUGCGAACUGUGGUGGGGACAAUAACAGGUUACAGUUACACAGUGGGACAGUUGAUCCUGGCAGUCAUAGCCUACUUCAUCCGGGACUGGAGGUGGUUAACUCUGGCUGUGUCCUUGCCCUUCUAUCUCUUCUUCCUCAUCUCAUGGUGGUUUCAUGAAUCUUCAAGAUGGUUAGUUAUGAGUAAUAAGCCCGAACAAGCCAUCAAGAACCUUAAAAGAGUGGCCAAUUUUAACGGACGGCGUGAAGAGGGAGACAAAAUCGACAUUAAAAUGCUGCGAGAGUCCAUGACGAAAGAGAUGUCCUGUUCGCAGGGCUCCUACUCUGUCCUGGAUCUGUUCCGCACACCCACAAUGAGGACAAUGACAAUCUGCCUGAGUGCUGUCUGGUUUUCAACAAGCUUUGCCUACUAUGGUCUUGCUAUGGAUCUGCAAAAGUUUGGGGUGGACAUCUACUUAAUCCAAGUGAUCUUCGGAGCUGUUGACAUCCCUGCUAAAGUCGUCAUAACUGUGUCUAUGAGUUUUAUUGGACGACGUCCAUCACAAUGUGGUGGUCUGAUCCUCGCUGGAGUCACUAUUUUGAUCAACCUGCUAGUACCUUAUGAUAAAACGACUGCACGGACGUGUCUGGCUGUACUGGGUAAAGGUUGCCUUGCUGCCUCCUUCAACUGCUGCUACCUUUACUCUGGAGAACUGUACCCAACCAUCAUUCGUCAGAAUGGCAUGGGCUGGGUAUCCAUGAUGGCUCGUAUAGGAGCCAUGGUAGCCCCUAUGGUGCUUCUCACGGGCGAAUACAUUCCUUGGCUUCCAGGUUUAAUCUACGGAGGAGCUCCAAUUCUCAGUGGAGUGGCUGCAAUAUUUCUUCCAGAAACACUUGGCUCACCCCUUCCUGACACAAUAGAAGACGUGGAGGACAGGGGAUCUGGGAGAAACUCCAAAAUGCCACCAAAGGAAGCAAUUAUCCUGCAAGACACCCAGGCCAAUCUCCUAAAGCAGGCUGCAUGAAGGCAUCUGUAUUGAACUCCUAAUGUUUUUGCUGACAUGUUAACGAAAGUAGAAUGGUUACUGCUGUUUAUUUGUUUGGUUGCCAUAUAAAGUUUAUUGUGUCGUAUGAUUGCUGGACUACUUUUAAAAAAUAUAUAUAUAUCAUUACUUUAUAUACAAUCCUGUAUUUGUAAACAAAAAUGUAUUUUCUUCCCAAUCAACA